UCACACAAAAAGUUAAUCACAGUAGUCUCCUUGUUUACAUUUUGAUACUGUUACUGGCGAUAGUAGAGAUCUAAUAGAUCUAGAUUCCAAAUAAAGAUCUUUACUGUCUUUGACUUUAAGUAAAAGGUGGCUGUUCAUUGUGCUGGCCACAUGACAUCCUUCAACCCUUGUUAACCCUCGAAACAGAUGACUAGAGACGCCAGAGUGGAGCUGAGAAUGUCUGAAAUAUUGCAAAAUGAUGAAGCAAAUUCAACUACUAAAGAAAUAGAAAUGGAUGAACAGGAACAUGAAGAUGUUGAAGGUGAUGAUCAUGAUCAUGAAGAUAUUUCACAAAAAAGUCAAAGCUCUUCAGAUUCAAGUGAAAAUGAAGAUGAAGAAGAAUCUGAGCUUCAUUCUAAGAUUGAUACACUUUCUACCCAGAUUUCACAGAAUCCAUUCAUUUAUGACAAUCACAUUGAGAAAAUAAAGCUUUUAAAGCAGCUAGGAGAUCUGUACAGGCUUAGAGAUGCCAGAGCUGACAUGUCCAAACAUUUUCCUCUUACUGAAGAACUGUGGCUUGACUGGCUGCGUGAUGAGAUACCUCUUAUAUCAGAGGACAAAGAUAAGAAAAGAGUGGAGGAAUUAUUUGAAAAAGCUUUUGGGGAUUAUCAAUCUGUUCCCGUGUGGUUAGAGUAUGUCCAGUAUGCUAUUGGUCUAAUGAAGGAAAAAAAUGGACUUCCCCUUGUCAGAGAUGCUUUUGAAAGAGCUUUGUCUGCUGUAGGCUUACAUGUAAGUCAAGGAUCUAACAUUUGGGAUGCCUACAGGGAGUUUGAAAAUGCCAUUUUGUCAGGACUCAUCCCACAACCUGGAGCUGUUGUUACUAAAGAAGAUGAGGAAGCUUUUGCUCUUCAAAACCAAAAAGUUCAUCAGCUAUUUAAAAGACAGUUGGCUGUUCCUUUGCUUUAUAUGCAGAAUACUUUGGAUGAGUAUAAAGAAUGGUUAGGUGAAGACAUUAUUGACAUAAAUACACAAAAGGCUUUUGAUAAAGCAUUUGAGAAACUACAACAUUUACAGGCUUUUGAAGAUAAACUGAUCAACAGCGAGAUUCCACAGCUGCAGACAUAUCAGGAAUACAUUCAAUAUGAACUGAAGUCAGAAGACCCAUCUAGAAUUCAAUGUAUUUUUGAAAGAGCUUUGAAAGAGAAUUGUCUGAAUACUGACUUGUGGCUGCAGUACACAACUUACAUGGAUAAAUUAAAAUUGAAAGAACAAAUUGAAUCAGUAUAUGAGAGAGCUGUACGUAACUGUCCGUGGUCAUCGCAGUUGUGGGUCAAAUAUCUUCUGGCUAUGGAGAGACAGAGUGCACAAUUUGAAAAGAUGAAAGGUUUAGCCGAAAGGGCCCUCCUUGUUGGGUUUUCUCAAGCCUCUGACUAUCUCUCUGUUUGGUGCCAAUAUUGUGACUACCUGAAACGUCGGAUCAACUGGGAUGCUGAUCAUGAAGAAACUUUAGAGACUUUUAGACUAUCAACACAAAGUGCUGUCAACUAUAUGUUUGAAAACUUUGGUAAUGAAGGAGAUCCAGGAGCAGUAUUACAACAGUAUUUGUCUUUUGUUGAGGCAAAGUUUUGUAAGAACAUGGAAAGGGCUCGAGAGAUUUGGAAUGAGGUGAUGCAGGCAGGUCAUGGAGCUGAGGCUGCUAUGUGGUUACAAUACUACAGACUGGAAAGAAUGUUUGGUGACAGUAAACAUUGUCGUAGAAUUUUACAAAAAGCCCUGAACUCAGUCACUGAUUGGCCAGAAUCUAUAACACAGGCAUAUAUUCAGUUUGAAAGAGAGGAAGGUAACUUGGAACAGUAUGACAUGGCUGUGUUAAAAUGUGAAGCUCAGCUGGAGAGAAUCAAUGAACGCAGAGCCCAGAGUGAACAGAGCCAGCAGGAGUUGAAAACAAAAGAUCAACAGGCUCAUGGAGAGAAGACAUUUCCUAAGAAAAGAAAACAGGUUGAAGCCAAGUAUGGUGGUGCAGGAGACAGUGGACUACAAAAGAAAAGAAAGGUAGAUCAUUUGGCUUCUGCUAAGGACUCAGCAGAACCAGCAGUUAAAAAGGUGAAAGAGGAAAUAAAAGAGGAAUUACAAGAAGAAAAUCCUACGAGUGAUAAACAAGAAGAUAGUUCUCGAGUUAUUUCUGAAGAAGAAUCAAAUUCCAGAGUUAUUCUCCAUGGAGAAUCUGUCAAACAUGACCCAUCUAAAGACAACAUCACAGUUUUUGUUUCCAAUUUAGAUUUCUCUGUAGAAGAUGAAAUAGUCAAAGGAUUUUUUGAAAAGUGUGGUGAGAUAACCAACAUCAGACUAGUCAGAAACUAUAAAGGAAAAUCUAAAGGAUUUGGCUAUGUGGAGUUUACAGACAGUAAUGCAGUACUGAAGGCUUUGAAGCUAGACAGAGAAUUCAUUAAUGGUAGACCAGUAUUUGUGUCAAGAUGUGAAGACAGAUCUGUAGCUAAAUCUCAACCACUGAAGUUUUCAACAAACUUAGAAAAAAAUAAACUCUUUAUUAAAGGUCUUCCUUUCACAAUGACUAAAGAGGAUUUAGAAACAAUGUUUCAAGUUCAUGGAAAACUGAAAGAUGUUAGGAUGGUGACCUAUAGAAAUGGAAAACCAAAGGGAAUUGCUUAUGUUGAAUUUACUGAUGAACAAAGUGCCUCCCAAGCUGUUUUAAAAACUGAUGGGACAGUGAUAGGAGACAAUACAAUCUCAGUUGCUCUAAGCCAUCCACCAGAACGUAAAACUUCACUACUGACAAGGUCUGAUCUAAGUUUGGGCAGUGGCAAGAAAGAAACAGCUUUUCGAGGCAAGGCAAGAACACAAGUAACAUUGUUGCCAAGAGCCUUGAGACAGUCUGGACAACAAGACACUGGUAGUGGAGACUCCAGUCAAGAGAAAGUCAAGACUGAGACCACUUCAAUGAACAAUGCUGACUUUAGAGCCAUGCUAUUGAAGAAGUAAAUACAAUUCUCUUGUUGUUCUCAUAUCAUCAAAGCAUUGUUUAAAUAAUCAUUUUGUUGUCAUUUUUAUACAAAGUAUUGUAUUUUAACCUGAUUUUAUUGUAUAACAUUUCUACUAAGUGUUAUAUUUGCUUAAUAAAAAAAAAGAAUUUACAAA